UCAUUGCCUUCUCUGAACCUCACUGCAAUGCAGGCCGGGGGCACCGGUUGGCCGUACGAUAGUGCUUUUCGCGCUGGUUUGAUGGGCAAAGUUGGCUUGCAGUCGGAGAGGCUAUGGAGCAUGACGACGUCGCAUCCCACUACAGCGUGUGUUUCGUCGUGCUGGUCGUCCAUGGCGAUGAUGACGGCGUGCUUUGGUGUUGUCUGUUACCGCAAGAAGCUGUUCGAUUGCGAGACGAGUCCGGUUGCCGGAAGUAUGAAGCCUGCAGAGGGCACAGCGUGGUUCAUUCUGUCUUACGGCCAUGUAGCAUGCGAUGCUGCUUGAUACCGAUUGGAGAAACAUGGUGUAAGAUGGCUGUUUUGAGUAGGACUCUUUGACCUUACGAUCUGGCUCCAUUGAGGAGUAAAGCAAUGCAAUGUCCAUUGUGUCGGAAGGUCGACUGGUUUCGGUGUAAAUGAUCGUCCGUCACAACAGGCUUGUUUGAGCAGUCUUCAUCAGCUUUUGAGAUUAUCGCAGCCCUUUAGAAGUCCCGAGAGCGUCAACGAGAGCAGAGGGCAAUUUGAAAUCAAGAUCUUGUGCG